AUGCCUUCCACUGAUAGAAUUCGCCCAGGUAGAAUUCAAACUCUUUCACCUGAGCAAGAAAUUGCUUACAAGCAAGUUUUGGGCUACUUAUUGAGAUACUGGGGUUACGAUUUGAAUAUGCCUGUGGCAGAUCUUGGUUACUCCGAAGCUUUUGUAUCUUCUUCGACAAACGCCAACAAUAAAACCAUUGUAGAUGCAGCUGUCUUAGUUGCUAAUGGUGCUACAGAACCUGUGCAACAAUCUAAAAAGAAAGGUUGGGGUAGCUGGGUCAAAGGUGGUAAUGGUGAUGGAGGAAGUGCAGAAGCACCCCAAAGUAAAAGAAUCUUGAAGGUUCAAUCGAAGAAGACUGAAAAGUAUAAGCCAAUUAAGAUAAGUGAUCAGCACAGAUACACAUAUUCUGUCUACUACAACCAAGGUGACUACUUCAAUAGGGACUAUGAGCUGGACGACUCUACUCCUUCUUCCUACAGCAAUGCUUCUAUCGAAACUGCAGUUACUAACUUGACCCUUGAUGAUGAUUCUAAAAUUGAUACUUCUCCACCACAUAAGGGGAAAUCUUUGAAUGCCGAAGAGCUUACCUGUAAGCCAAAGAGUACAAUUUUACCCGUACUUUCUAAUUACAAAGGGAAAGACAUCCACGGAACAUUUUGGAAGAUGCAAAGAGCUGACUUGCUUGACAAUUGGAUCUUGAGAUUCGUUAGAGCUCGUAAUUUUGAUGUCGAAAAGGCCUUGGGUAUGUUUUCUAAGGAUUUGGAUUGGAAAACUAAUGAAUGCCUUGCUUACGAAUGGUUGUUAGAAGGUGAUGCUCCAUCAUACAUUAAGGGAGUUAACCCAACCUUUGUAAAGAACUUCGACAAGCAAAAGGCAUACAUCAAUGGCCGUGAUAAGAAGGGAAACAUCAUCUUUGGCUUUAGAGCUGCUUUACAUUUGACUACUGAUGCUAAUCCUCAAGAAGAAAUGAGAAGAUGGAGUGUAUGUAUGAUUGAAUGGUGUAGAUACUAUUUUUCAGAUAUUCAACAGUCUAAAGAUCAAGCUUCCGUUAUUUUUGACUUGACUGGCUUCUCAUUGAAGAAUGCUGAUUACUCAACCAUUAAGUUCAUUGCAGAUGUAUUUGAAGCACACUACCCAGAAUGUUUAGAAAAGAUCUUCAUUUUCAAUGCUCCAUGGAUCUUCCAAACUAUGUGGAACAUCAUUAAGGGUUGGUUUGACCCAGUUGUUGCUUCUAAGAUCACCUUUGUUAAGGAUAUAUCUGAAAUAACAGAAUUCAUUGACAUCUCUCAAAUCCCUUCAUUUAUGGGUGGUGAAGCCGAAUACGAAUUGGAUUACCCAGUUCCAACUAAGGCAGAUGCUCAAACUAAACCAAAGGAUUCAAAGUUUCAACAAUUGAUCAAGGAAAGGGAUGAAUUGAACUUACAGUACUUGGAUAGAACAGCUCGUUGGAUAGAAAGUUACGAUCCACAGAUGAGUUCAAAGUACUUAGAGGAAAGGAUAAAUGUUUCCAUAAAAUUGGCCAAGAACUAUGCUCAAUUAGACCCUUAUAUUAGAAAGAGAGGUGUCGUUGAUAGAAUUAUAAAUUCAACGGUGGUCAAUGUUAGUUAG